AUGGAAAUAUGGGAUCCUGCUGCAGCUCCAAAAAUGGAGAGCAUGAUGGUCUGGCUCGUUGCCUGUCAACGAUGCAGGGCAUACCGGUGUGAACCAGUUAGGUGGUGUAUUCGUCAAUGGACGGCCCCUACCGGAUACAACUCGGCAAAAAAUCCGCUCGAACUAGCUCACGGAGGAGCUCGACCAUGUGAUAUUAGUAGGAUUCUUCAAGUUUCUAACGGGUUAGUAAUCGUUUUCUUUUCAAGGUAUACUGUAAUGACAGGUUUUAUGGAAUGGACCAGUUACUGUGUAGAAGAAGUAGUUCGCUUCCUUUUACCAGUUUCUUUAGAAGUGAAUGAAAGGACAAGAAUGACCCGAGCGCCAACGCAUUUGUUGCUUCCAUCCCUCAAAAUUGGCAUAACUUGA